AUGGACUUACCUUCGAUUGACGAUCCAGCUCCAGGAGUCCCUCGCAGUGUGGACUUACCUUCGAAUGAUGAUCCUGCUCCAGAAGUCCCAUGGACUUUACCUUCGAUUGACGAUCCAGCUCCAGGAGUCUCUCGCAGUGUGGACUUACCUUCGAAUGAUGAUCCUGCUCCAGAAGUCCCUCACAAUAUGGACUUGCCUUCGAUUGACGAUCCAGCUCCAGGAGUCUCUCGCAAUAAGGAGUUACCUCCAAAGGAUAAAGCUGCUCUAGGUGUAAGUACUCGUAAACGAAAAGCCAAAACAAGUAUCCGAUAUGUUGAUUACAUGUCUGAUGAAGAUUUUUCCACUUUAUUCUGUCUUGGUGAAGAGAAUGGCGCAGUUGAUUCUGACGAAUGGGUAGGAUCUGACACGUCAAACAGUGAUGAAGAAGAAGACCAGUCAAAUAAGAAAAAAACAGGAAAAAGAAGCGGAAAGAGUCAAGUAAGAAUAAAAACAGGGAAUUGCUUGAAAAUAAUACUGAAGAAAAUUUGGAUACAGAAAACGAGAACGUAA